AUGGACGCUCAGAAUGGUGUUUAUGGUCAGGGAUAUUUCAUGCCGAACAACUACCCUGCGCAGGCUGCCUAUGCCCAGCCCCAUUACGGCCAACCCAAUCUCCAGUCUCCUCAGCCCGCCUAUCAGUCUCGAAUGGGAUACAAUGUCAGCCCCAACGAUGGAACAAAUGGUUUGAUACAGCAGUUCUCGAAUCAGGAUUUAAACUCGAACCGAACGGGUUUCUUCAAUCGCUCCGCUUCGCCUGCUCAAAGACCCCGUACUGCAGGCAAUACAGCCCCCGGACAGCAGCAGCAACCUGGACACUUGGCCCCUCCAGUGCCUCGCAGCCCUCGGCUGCCCCCCGAGAACGAAGAACUUCAACGCUACCCAGAGCGCUUCUCUGAAAAUGUUCACAAACGUGGAAAAGCUGCGAAGGAGUUGGUCAACGUAUUCUUUCACGAGAAUAUCGAGCGUGCGCGUGAUCGCAACAUGCGUUCGGCGGAGCUCGACAAGAUGAUGCGCGACCCCAACAUUUCACAAGAUGCAAAGGUGAAGGAGGCGGAAAUGGUUGGAAAGAAAGAGUCGACAUUCCUUCGCUUCCUUCGGACACCAGAAACUCCUGCCAACUUCCAAACCAUCAAGAUUAUUGGAAAGGGUGCUUUUGGUGAAGUUAAGCUGGUGCAGAGGAAGUCUGAUAACAAGAUCUAUGCGCUUAAGUCGCUGAUCAAAUCAGAGAUGUUUAAGAAAGAUCAGCUCGCCCACGUUCGUGCUGAACGUGAUAUUCUAGCUGACUCGAAGGACAACCCUUGGCUUGUCAAGCUCCAUGCUUCAUUCCAGGAUCCCGCAUACCUAUACCUCCUGAUGGAGUUCUUACCUGGAGGUGAUUUGAUGACCAUGCUUAUUAAGUACGAAAUAUUCUCUGAAGAUAUCACACGCUUCUACAUGGCGGAAAUUGUGAUGGCGAUUGAGGCGGUUCACAAGCUGGGUUUCCUUCACCGAGAUAUUAAACCUGACAACAUCCUUCUCGAUCGUGGCGGUCACGUCAAGCUGACCGAUUUCGGUCUCUCAACUGGAGGCAAGAAAACUCACGACAACUCAUACUAUCAGAACCUGUUGAAGAAUUCAACAUCCAAGGAUAAGAACCGAAACUCUGGAUACUUCAACGAUGCUAUCAACUUGACAGUAUCGAACCGUGGGCAGAUCAACACCUGGAGAAAAUCUCGCAGGGCUAUGGCUUACUCCACUGUCGGAACACCUGACUACAUUGCACCCGAAAUUUUUAAUGGUCAAGGAUACACCUAUCUUUGCGACUGGUGGUCCGUCGGUGCCAUCAUGUUUGAAUGUCUCGUGGGCUGGCCUCCAUUCUGCGCCGAGGAUACGACCGACACCUAUCGCAAGAUUGUGAACUGGAGGGAAUGCCUAUAUUUCCCCGAAGAAUUGACACUGUCUCGUGAAUCGGAGGGUCUGAUUCGAAGCUUCCUAUGUGACGCAGAACACCGCAUCGGCAACGAAGGUGGCCAAUACGGAGGUGCUACACAGAUCAAAAAUCACCCAUUCUUCCGCGGGGUAGUAUGGGAUCAACUGCGCAAAAUCCGGGCACCGUUCGAACCCAGACUGACGUCAAAUAUCGACGUAUCAUAUUUCCCGAUUGACGAGAUUCCUCAGGAGGAUACCAGCGCCAUUCACCGCGCCCAGGCACGUGCCAUGCCGGAUGAGCAGAAUGCUGAGAUGAGCCUGCCUUUUAUCGGAUACACAUACAAAGCAUUCAACGCCUUCCAGGCCAGUUGA